AUGGACAACUGCACCACAGCCACUGACUUCAUCCUAGUGGGUUUCAGAGACCAUCCAGAGCUGCAAAUAACAUUUUUCAUCACUUUUCUCAUGCUGUACAUCACAACUGUGGCUGGGAACAGUGGUAUGAUUGCUAUCAUAAGUGCUGACUCUCAGCUCCAAACCCCUAUGUACUACUUCCUUAAAAACCUGUCUUUUCUGGACCUCUGCUAUUCCUCGGCCAUUGCUCCUAAAGCUCUAGUGAACUUUUUUGAGAAGAACAAUAUCAUUUCUUAUGAGGGCUGCGUGGCCCAGUUGAUGCUCUUCACCAUCUUUGUUACCACAGAAGGGUUUCUUUUAGCAGUCAUGGCAUAUGAUCGUUUCAUUGCCAUUUGCUACCCACUCCUCUAUCCAACUAAGAUGUCAAAGAAAUCUUGUCAUCGCCUGGUGGCCACUUCCUAUGCCUGUGGUUGUACAAACGGAGUGAUUCAGACCAGUGUCUCUUUCCGUUUGAAAUUCUGCAAUCUCAGCAAAAUCAACCACUUCUUCUGUGACGUCCCUGCAGUCAUGAAUGCUGCCACCAUGCACACGUAUCUCAACGAAGCUGUGAUGUUCUCACUCUGCAACGUGAUCAUUGCCAUCACUACGGUGGUGAUAUUCACCUCCUAUGCAUACAUUCUCUCCACUAUUCUCAAAAUCCAAUCUGCUGAGGGCAGGCGAAAAGCCUUUUCUACCUGUGCCUCUCACAUAACAGCUGUGACCAUCUUUUAUGGGACAGUCUUCUUUAUCUAUGCUCAGCCUGCAGCAAUCUCCUCCCCGGAGCACAGCAAAAUUGUUUCUGUGUUCUACACUCUCGUCAUCCCCAUGCUCAACCCUCUCAUAUACAGCCUCAGAAACAAAGAUGUCAAAGAAGCUCUGAGAAGGACUCUGGGCCAAAAAGGGCUCUUUUCCAUGAGCGACAAAAUCUGA